GCCCUUUAUAAACACCAUUUAACGAAUACACAAUAACACUGUCAUCAGGGAGAGACCUCAGCAAUUCGAAUAACGGAUGGGUGAUAGCCAGGAAACGACCGAGGAUAUAAACAAUGUAUGAGAGAUCAUGUGCCGCUGCGCGGCUGCGACUCCUCGUGCGUGGCGUGAAGCGUAUGUAGCAGGAAGGGGCAAUUCUGCAAGGCAACCAGCACCAUUAUGUAGCUUGAAGGGGCACUUCUGUAAGGCAACCGGCACCAUUGUGUGGCUUGGAGGGGCAAUCCAGUAAGCCAAUAUCAGCCAAGAGAAGCAAUAUUACUCAGCCUGAGUUCUGCUUUGCACGUCCAUCCACGUAGCAAGGAUCGGAGCGGACCACAAUUGCAGCAAAUUGAUUGGUCUAAUUGAAACGGCUUGGUAUAUAUGGCUGGACCAAUAAGUGGUUGUGGGUCUGCUGUUAUCGGGGGUGCCAGAUAUUCAUCCUGCAGUAGCAACUUGAUCGUUGCAGAGUUGACAUCAACAUUUCGACAAGAGCGCCAUCACAGCAGCCGCAUUGCGAUCAGUCACGAGGUAUCUUUUGGGCGAUGCGGCCAUUCACAUACUUUGGCUGCAGCAUGCUGCCGGUCAAUUAUUCUCUCGGCUCCGAACUGUAAGUUGAGCAGCACUUCAUCUCGACUCUCUGUCUCCUUGCAAUUUCAAUCCGGUGGAUCGAGAGGAAGGUCUGUGUGCAAUCAGCGACAACGAUUGUUUUUGUCACCGCAUCCUCACGGUCCUCUUGCUUCUGUACUUUUGGGGCCCCACCGAUAUGGACAUCGUCUACCUUGCCCACAGCUGAAGGUUACCAGCUGCGGCGAUGGGGACAGGUAUGGCGGGUUGGACAGACCACUCCUCGUCUCUCGGCAUGCUCCCGUAGCUGUCAACCCUGGCAAAAGUCACCAUCAUCUCAAAAGUUACGACGGUCCUCAACAACCGGCCUUAUCUCUGGCGACAGCCACACGUGGUGGAGGCAUCGAUGCGCGUCUUCUUCAUCUUCCACGUGCUCGUUGCACACUGUUUUCCCACUUUGCCGCCUCCUCCUGCCCCUCUUCCUCCUCCUCAUCGUCAUCUUUGCCUUCUGUUUUCUGCAUUGAAGUGCUGCCAGCUCAAUCGGUGACACCAGAGAGGAGGAGGAUCAUUCGUUUUUCGCUUGGUCGAUACAUGUCAUUUGCGGCUAACGAGGCGUUUGUUCAAUCUUCGCCAUCGACUUCUCCUGACGGGACAGACAGCGAACCUCUAGAAGGCCGCGCAAUGAAGGACAAGAAAGCUGGCGCGCCAAGGGGCCGUUUUGCGGUGCUUAUUACCGGCUACCCCCCAAAGCCAGUAGCUGAACUGAUAGGAGGAGAGGGCUCAGAGGGCUAUGACAGACUGUUCAUCGACAUGCUAAGAGAUCCUGGAGAACAUUGGGAUGUCUUCCGCGUGGUGGAUGGAGAGUUUCCCUCUGAAGAGGACUGGGAUUUGUACGAUGGCUUUGUCCUCACAGGAAGCGGCAAAGAUGCUCAUGGCAGCGAUCCCUGGAUUCAACAACUUGCAAACAUGCUCGUCAAGCUGAACGACGAACGCAGGAAAAUACUUGGAGUGGGAGGUGGUUUUGGGAGCUCCCACUUCGAGAUCGAAAGGCUUGAGGCAUACACAGAGAAGGUGCCUGGAGAGGUGCUUAGUGUCCAGGCUGAAGUCGAUGGUGAUGAAGACGAGGUCAUAAUUUUUAAAGGCUAUUCCUCAUCGCUCAUGCGGCCCACUUCUGCGGAUCCAUCAGAACCAGUGCUGCCCCCAACAGCUCUCAUCAAGAGUAUUGAUAGAAUCAAGGCCCCUUACAACCCCUCUAAAUUAGUGUAUACGCAACAGGGGUUGACCUGGGAACAAUUUCAGAAGCUUCUGUCUGAACGAGGGGUUUGAUUUCAAUGAACAAGGUGGUUUAGUUUCGAUGAACGAGGGGUUUGAUUUUCCGAUGGACAAGCGGUUUGAGUUCGGUGAACGAGGGUAUUGAUCAGCUGCACAGUGAGUCAAUGCUGGCAGCCAAGACCUUAUUUAUUUUUGCCUUACUUCUUCUCAACUGUACAUUUUCGGACGCUGGACCCGUUUUCCAGCUUUGACCAUAUCAGUGGCAUGUUUUUUUUACGUCCAUCGAACCGAGUCGGACUCGCAAGAACCUUUCAUAUUCAUGAACCGCCAGGCAUUUCAACCCCCAAUCCCCACCACUCAAACAUUUGUAUUUACUAUUUCUGUACGAUUACCACUCAUUUAUGCCAAUUAACCAGAACCUCAGAGACCAGGGAGUACGGACGGAUCGAGACGUUUUUAAAGAGCACCAAAGAAAAGC